AUGCGAACUUUUUUUGUCGUAGUUGCUUUAACAAUUUUGGCUGGAUAUGGAUACGCUCAAGAUUUACCUACACCAGGUAUCUGUGGUGUUUCACUAAUUGAACCAAAACCUGCAACACGUAUUGUUAAUGGUCAAUCAGCAAUUCCACAUUCUCGACCUUAUCAACUUUUAUUAGUUGGUUACUUUCCAAAUGGAACAGCAAAAGCUUAUUGUGGUGCCAGUCUUAUUAAACCAACACAUGUACUUACAGCUGCUCAUUGUGUUGCUGGUUAUGACGCAAAAGAUCUUCGUAUCUUUCCUGGUCUUCAUAAUUUCACUUCGUUUGUUUUUAAUCGAGACAAUGGUAUUCCAGCUCAAAGACAUAUUGCACAUGAAUCUUAUAAUGCUAAUAGUCUAUCAAAUGAUGUUGCUAUCAUUCGUUUACAAACAGCAGUUGUAGUUGAUAAUCAUAAGAUUGGCCUUGUCUGUCUACCUGAUAGUACAUCUCAAACAUGUGGAGUCAAUCAUCCUGUUGUUGCUAGUGGUUGGGGUUCAACAACCGGUAAUCCAAAUCGAACAAGUGCUAGUCGACCAGUCGAAUUGCAACAAGUUGCUCUCAAAUGUGUUGAUGCUAAAAGCUUUGGUGAUAGUGGUGGUCCACUUGUACGAGAAAAAUAUCUUAAUGAUGGAAGAAGAUAUGUUGAACAAGUAGGUAUUAUGUCUGGCACAAUUGAUUGUUCAUUCUCAAAACCACAUCCAGAUGUUUAUGCUGAUGUUCAUUAUCUUAUGCCAUGGAUUCGUAACAAGGUCCAAGCAUUACCAUAA